AUGAAUGAAAAUGAAAUUGAGGAAAUGUUAGAUCACCUAAGAAGGAUCAAAAUUGAAGGUAACCUGGAUAGCUUCAAGAUUUGGCAUAUUGGGGAUCUUGAUAUUGUGCUAAGAGUUUUUAGAACCUUUAUAAAGUAUCAUGUUCUUUUACCUGAUUGUUUAGUCAAACUCACAAAGAAUGCCAAAUGGACUGUGGAAAUGCUUCACCGGGUAUUUGAUGGGAUUCCCGAUGAAUGUAAAACUAACCUUAAUCUGGAAAGGCUAGAAUCACAUUUGUUGGAAUUCUUUGAAGGUAACUCCAGUUUAAGUUACAAUUAUGAGUUGAAUGAUUUUGAUCUGUCGAAAUAUAUGGAUUGUCUGGAAAAAAUUCUAAAUGAUGUACUAAUGAUGUUCCUGAAAAAGGGUAGGUCCUGUCAUCCCAAAGAAAAACUUGCAAUACAUCUAUCUAUAAAGAAACUGAAAAUUGUUCAAAAGAAAAUGAGAUUUUUGAGAUACAUAUAUGCCACAGAGAUAAAUGGUUAUGUCAACUAUGAGAAGCUGGAAUGUUUGGAGACUCAAAUUCAGUUUAUGGCUAACAAUGUGGGACAAUUUUGUUUGGCCGUAUUAGACUAUGUUGCUGAUGUUGAAGUUAAUGAUGAAAAUGAUAUCUUUAAUAAACCUCCUUAUCUAUUAUCAUUGAUUGUGUUUGUGGAGCUGGAAAUGAAGAAGAUUUUUCAUGGUGAACUAAAGGCUUCAAAGUUUACUCAAUCAAAACCUUUCAAGGACAAGAAAUUACCAAAAGAAUUUUCACAUCAUCUCUGCAAUCUGUUGAUGUAUCUCAGAAACAAAAAACUCGAGAACUUUCCUAAUAAUAUCUCUGCUCAAAAUAUUGAUGUGGCAAUAGAAUUCUUGUUGGUUUUCCUUGAUGCUGAUGUGUCAAAUCACGUUAUUAAUGGUAACUGGUUGAAUGAGGUCUUGUUAAAGGUUGGAGCUAUAGCGGGUGAUGUUCUAUAUGUAAUUCAAAAGCUUGUUCCUAGAUCUAUAAACAAAGAUGACACUAGCAAAAUAAGUCUUUGCUCGAUACAGAUAUUGGAGAAGACUAAAGAUCUGAAGGCACAAGUUGAGACGUACUACAAAUCCUUAAAAUUUACUCCAUCUCAAUUCCCCACCUUUGGUGGAUUGAGCUUUCUGGAUUCUCUUUUAAAGAAACUGAAUGAGAUGUCGAAAUCUAAGUCUGGUUUAGAUUUCUUGAUGAAACCUCUUUUAGGGAAUUUGGAGAAAGAGUUAUCAUCUCUUACAUCCAUUUUAGAGAAGGAGCUAUCAUCCAUUUUCAGAGAUAUCGUGCACCACGAACAUAAAAUUCCUAAAGAUCUUCAGAGACGUACCAUCAAUUUGGCAUAUGAGGCUGAGGUUGCCAUUGACUCUAUUCUUGCUCAGAAUAAUGCUUUUUUGCAUAUUUUUUGCUCACUUCCUACAAUUUUAAAAGAGAUCAAGCAAAUUAAUGCAGAGGUGACUGAGAUGUGGUCAGCGGACAUUCCUUUUAAUCCUCACUACGUGGCUGCUCCAUUUAAACAUCUGCCAGCUCGACAUAGCAAUCCUGUGACUGAUGAGGAGGUAGUCGGUUUUGAGAAUAAAGCAGAAGAACUAAUUGAUUAUCUGAUUAGAGGUACAAAUGAGCUAGACGUCGUCCCAAUUGUAGGCAUGGGGGGACAAGGGAAAACGACAAUUGCUAGAAAGCUGUACAAUAAUGACAUCAUUGUUUCUCGCUUUGAUGUUCGAGCAUGGUGCAUCAUUUCUCAAACAUAUAAUCGGAGAGAGCUAUUACAAGAUAUUUUUAGUCAAGUUACAGGUUCCAAACACAAGGAAGAUACGGUUGACGUUCUUGCCGACAUGUUGAGGAGAAAAUUAAUGGGAAAGAGAUAUCUCAUUGUAUUGGAUGAUAUGUGGGAUUGUAUGGCAUGGGAUGACUUAAGGCUUUCUUUUCCAGAUGUUGGAAUGAGAAGCAGAAUAGUCGUAACAACUCGACUUGAAGAAGUGGGUAAGCAAGUCAAGUACCAUACUGAUCCUUAUUCUCUUCCAUUCCUCACAACAGAAGAGAGUUGCCAAUUGUUGCAGAAAAAAGUGUUUCAAAAGGAAGAUUGCCCGCCUGAACUACAAUAUGUGAGUCAAGCAGUUGCAGAAAAAUGCAAAGGACUCCCCCUAGUGGUUGUCUUGGUAGCUGGAAUAAUCAAAAAAAGGAAAAUGGAAGAAUCUUGGUGGAAUGAGGUGAAAGAUGCUUUAUUUGACUAUCUUGACAGUGAGUUCGAAGAAUAUAGUCUGGCGACUAUGCAGUUGAGUUUUGAUAACUUACCCGAUUGUUUAAAGCCUUGUCUUCUUUAUAUGGGGAUGUUUUCGGAGGACGCAAGAAUUCCAGCAUCUAAAUUGAUAAGUUUAUGGAUUGCUGAAGGAUUCGUGGAGAACACUGAAUCUGGGAGAUUAAUGGAAGAGGAAGCUGAAGGUUACUUGAUGGAUCUCAUUAGCAGUAACGUGGUAAUUGUUUCAAAGAAAGGUUAUAAUGGUAAAGUCAAAUGCUGCCAGGUUCAUGAUGUUGUGCAUCACUUUUGCUUGAAGAAGAGUAGAGAAGAAAAGUUUAUGCUUGCAGUGAAGGGUCAAUAUAUCCAGUUUCAACCGUUGGAUUGGAAGGGAAGUCGAGUGAGCUUCAGUUUCAGUGAAGAGCUUUCCAAGUUUGCAUCUCUGGUUUCCAAAACACAGAAGCCUUUCCACCAACACUUGAGGUCUCUGAUAACGGCUAAUGGUGGAGAAUCUAUUGAUGUGAUUCCCUUCUGUCAGAUUACUGAAUUGCGACUUCUUAAAGUCUUGGAUUUGAUUUCUUAUACUGUGGAGUUUUUGUCGUUUGCUACAUUCAAACCACUAAAUCAGCUGAAGUACCUCGCAGUUUGGGCAGAUAAAUUCUAUUUUGAUCCAGGAACACAUCUGCCCCAUAUAGAAACUUUAAUUGUGAAGAAUUUUCCUUAUGGUGUACGGUUACCAGUGUCUUUUUUGGAAAUGGAAAAAUUAAGGCAUGCUCAUUUUGGUUGGGCAGUUUUUGAUAAGCAGGGGCUCUUUGAAGGAUCCUCUAAAUUAGAAAAUUUGAGGAUAUUAAAGAAAAUUGUUGGAUUUCCGAUUGAUAGUCUGGAUGUGUUAUCAAAGAGGUGUCCUAAUCUUCAACAACUUCAAAUCACACUUGAGGAUGAUGAAGAUUCUGCAGAGCCUUUUUGUCCCAAAUUGGAGAAUCUUACCCAGCUUCAAGAACUUCAACUUUCCUUUGUGCAUCCCCGCAUUCUAUCCGGGUUACAGGUGCCUUCAAAUUUAAACAAGCUGGUACUUAAAGGAAUUCAUAUUGAAAGUGCUAUUUCCUUCAUUGCGGAACUACCAAGCCUGGAGUAUCUCCAAUUACAGGACGUGUGUUUUCCUCAAUCAGAAGAGUGGUGCCUUGGAGAUAUCAGGUUUCAUAAACUUAAGUUGUUGAAAUUGGUGCAGUUAGGUAUCUCAAGGUGGGAUGCCUCGGAGGAAUCAUUUCCCUUGCUUGAAACACUUGUUAUAAAAAAGUGUGGUGACCUAGAGGAGAUCCCACUUAGCUUUGCUGAUAAUCCAUCAUUGAAACAGAUUAAAUUGAUUGGGUCCUGGAAAGAAUCUCUGGAGGAUUCAGCUGUGAGAAUUAAGGAAGAGAUCGAAGAGAUUGAAGGAUGUAAUCGUAUACACCUCGUCAAAGAAUAG